GACCGGAACUUCCGUCUCCGGCGGCGGCAUGGGCAAGAAGCGGGGCGCGGGGCUGGGCCGGUCCCUGCAGCGGCAGCGCGGGCUAGAGCGCCGCGGCGCCUCCUCGUGGCUACACGCCAGCGAGGUGUGCGGCGAGCGCGGCCCGGAGCUGCGGUCGGCGCCCGAGCAGAGCCCGCUGGAGGAGUUCUUGGCCACGGCUGAGCUGGCUGGCACCCGCUUCGUGGCCGAGCGUCUGAACAUCCAGAUCGUGUCUGCCCAGAGCCGUACCGGCCUGCUCACGGCACAGGAGGCCCAGCACGUCCGGCAGCUGCAUGAGGAGAACCAGCAGUUCCUGCGCAUCCCGCGGAGGCCAUGCUGGGAUCGGACAACCAGUGCGGAGGACUUGCAGCAAGCUGAGAGGGAGAGCUUUCUUGAAUGGAGGCGACAGCUUGCCCACCUUGAGGAAGAAAAAAAGUUAAUUCUAACCCCAUUUGAACGUAACUUGGAAUUUUGGCGUCAGCUUUGGAGAGUCAUUGAACGAAGUGAUAUCGUAGUCCAGAUAGUAGAUGCUAGAAACCCCCUUCUGUUUAGAUGCCAAGAAUCUGGUAAUUAUGUUAAGGAAGUCAGCAAUGACAAGGAGAACAUGAUCCUGAUAAACAAAGCAGAUUUGCUGAGUGAGGAGCAGCGGGCUGCUUGGGCACAGUUCUUUGAGAAAGAGGGUGUUAAGGUGGUGUUCUGGUCAGCUUUGGCAGAGUGCAAACGGCUGUCUGGAGAAACAAAGGAACUAGAUGCUGAAGAUGUAGCAGAGAACCCAGGUGAUUCUCAGGAUGAAAGCUCCAGUCAAGAAGAAGAUGACACAGCACAAGAUAGUGCAGAAAGCACAUCUCCAGGCAAUUCUUUGCAAACUGUAAACCAAGUUCUGGUUAGUGAUGAUGACAGUAAUGAUGAAUAUGAGGACUGUGAAGACGAUGAACAGGAAGCCUGGCAAACCUGUUCUGAAGACGAAGGUGGGGACAAAGUAAAUGCUGUUGCUCCAGAGAGGAUGGAAAGCAGGACUGAUGGUGCUGAAGUGCAGCAUAUAGUGCAGGAGCAGAACAGGAACAUCAGGAACUUCAGCCAUCUGGUACAGAGAAAUGAGCUGCUGGAGAUAUUCAGAACCAUGCACAAUGGACCAAAGGUGAAGGAUGAGGAAGUAAAUGUUGGGCUGGUGGGUUACCCUAAUGUUGGCAAAAGUUCGACCAUCAACACAAUCCUUGGAAAUAAGAAGGUGUCAGUGUCUGCCACACCAGGUCGUACAAAACACUUUCAGACCCUAUAUGUGGAGCCUGGCCUGUGUCUUUGUGAUUGCCCUGGUCUGGUGAUGCCAUCUUUCAUCUCUACCAAGGCAGAAAUGAUUUGUUCUGGAAUUCUGCCUAUAGACCAGAUGAGGGACCAUGUCCCACCUAUUUCUCUAGUUUGCCAGCAUAUCCCACGAAACGUUUUGGAAGCAACCUAUGGAAUAAAUAUCAUAAGGCCAAGGGAAGACGAGGAUCCAGAUCGAAAGCCAACUGCUGAAGAGCUGCUAACAGCAUAUGGAUAUAUGAGAGGCUUUAUGACAGCUCAUGGACAGCCAGACCAGCCAAGAUCAGCUCGAUAUGUGUUAAAAGACUAUGUCAGUGGGAAGCUGUUAUAUUGCCAUCCACCUCCUGGCAUCGACCCGGAUGAUUUUCAGCACCAGCAUCGAAGGUGCCCAGAGAGCAGAACUGUGCAGGCCAAUGGACAGGUGAAGCCUGAGAAGAAUACCAAAGCAAAACAAAUUGAAAAUGUGGUGGACAAAACAUUUUUCCACCAGGAGAACGUUCGUGGCCUCGUGAAUGGGGCCGGGGCUGCAAUGGGAUACCGGCCCAGCGCGGCCUUGUGUCCUGGUGGCUACCCCAAUCCUGGGAAUGUUGUAGGAAAGCCUGUGAAAAAACAUGGAAACAGGAACAAGAAGGAGAAAAUCCGCAGGAUCACUAAGCACCCUGGAGGCUUAGCUUGUGGCACUGGUGUCUGGCCUUCUCCAGGCAGGGACUGUGCUGUCCUACAGGCCUGAAACUGAGGGGAGUAGGAGAAGAUAAGUCGGCAUCGCUGGCUCACCUGAGAGCUCCGUGCUGUGGUUUGUCCUGGGCAGGGGGUGAGGCUGGCCUCUGAUAGUUGAGCUCAUCCCUUCUGAGAGCAAAAGAGACCUGGCUGUUAGUGUUAUCUGGAAGCCAGCCCAGGCGUUUGUCUGCUGCUGAAAUGUCCUUUCAAUGGGAGCAGAUGGAACUGUGGGGGAAUGUUUUUUCCUUCCAUAAAGGAUGUAUUUUGUAGCAGCUGGGAUCAAAGCAAGACCUGUAAAACUGACUAAAGUUUUGGAACAUUUGAAUUUCAAUGAGUGAUGUUUGUUACACUUUGUGACACUGUUGCUCAUUAUUCUUUUUAAGCUUGUUGAUUUGUGAGAAUACUACACUGUGGUGAAAAAUGUAGUAAAACGAUCUUUAUUUCCCUCUUCCUUCUCUGCUAUAUGAACCCUAUUCUGUACAAUCCGGUACUGAAGCCACUCCCUAUUUCCCAGCUUAAGGCAGAGCACAGCACACCGUGCAAGGAAAAUGCUGCUUUUAUGUCCUUCACACUGAGCUGGUGUCAGUUGUUUUUCUGUGUGACUUCCUGUUGGUAUUUUAAAACACGAGCUCCAUGUGACUGGCCAAAAAUCUGGUGCUAAUUUGUCCUUAAAUAUAUUUGAGAUUUUACUUCCUA